AUGAGCGAUUUCACCGAGGACAAUCUAAAAGAUCGUCUAAAGAAUCUGACAAAUCACGAGAAUUCAAUCACAUCGCUCUCCAAAUGGUUACAACAAAACUACAACAAUCGCGAGAUUAUAAUGCGAACUUGGCUGAAAACAAUAAGAAGAGAAGGAAAUCCAUCGAAAAUUGUGAAUUUGUUAUACCUCGCAAAUGAUGUGAUACAAAAUUCAAGGAAACAAUAUCCAAAAUAUAAGGAGGAUUUCUUUCUGAAUCUGGAGCAUGCAUUCAGACAUGCGAGUAAAUUAAAGGAGCCAAGUGUGAAUAAAGCACUCGGGAAAUUGAUCAAAGUUUGGAAAGAGCGUGAAAUUUAUAAUCAUAAGCAAAUCCGUGGGUUGGAAGAUAGUAUAAAUCAGAAGAGAUUAGCAGAGACAUCAUUUCCAACGCCAGCAGGACAAGAUCCAGUGAGAAAUCCAAAUAUAAUUCGACAAUAUCAUCCGGAAGAAGUUAAGAAAAACGCGCAAGAUGUUUUGAAAUCCCUAGUUCUCCUACAAAACCCGCCAAGCACUGAAAGAGAAAUCCGAGUUGUUCUCUCACAAUUCCCCGAAUCAAUAAGUUGCCCCGAAAAAUUGCAAACUGUGCGAAGUUCUCAAGAAGCUCAAGAACUGCUGAAACAAAAUGAGAAGGCGUUGCCGCUUUUGGAGGAUUAUUGCAGGAAAUUGAAGGAGGAGACGAGGGAACGAGAGAAUUUGCAGAGUUUGAUUGAUAGUUUGAUACAGAAUGUUAGGCUGAGUGUGGAUAAUCAUGAGAAAUUGACGAGAGAAGUGAAGAGAAGGGAAGAGAGAUUGGAAGCUGAUUUGUUGGAGGUAAGGGGUUUUUUUUGUUGAGAAAAUCCUGAAUUUGUAGCUUGAAAAGUGUUUUUUCUGGAAAAAAUACACGUGGCAAGACUACUGUAGGCUACUGUAAAAACCCGAGCUACAGUAGUUCAUGAUCCUUGAAAUUACAGUACUCUUUUUAAAGGGAAAUGUAAGAUAUUUUGUAAAAAAAAUUCACGUGGCAGAAAUGCUCAAAUAUUCAAAUUUUCGACAACUCAAGACUACUGUAGAUAUGAGCUUCAAACUACAGUACUCUUUUUAAAAGGACAUAUAAUAUUUUUGAAAAAAGUAGGCUCUGAAUUCCACGUGGCACUAGAGUUUGGCGGGAAAAUUUAGAAAUUCGGAAAUUCAAAAAAAUGUUCAAACUACAGUACUUUAAAGGAGCAUGACAUUUCUUCAUUAAAAAAAAUCCACGUGGCAAAUUAAGGCGCGAAAAUUCUGAAAUUUAAGAAUUGAAAAAAAACGUGGCAAACUCAAGGCUACUGUAGAUCCAAGCUUCAAACUACAGUACUCUUUUUAAAGGGACAUAUAAUAUUUUCGAAAAAAAAGGCCCAGAAUUCCACGUGAUACUGUUUAGCGGGAAUAUUUGGAAAUUCAAAAAAAGAUCAAACUACUGUAAUUUAAAGGAGCAUAGCAUUUCUUUUUUUUUUAAUUCCAAUAAACUUUGCCACGUCAUAACUAAUUUUAGACUAACUCCUAGCUUCAGAAAAAGUUAGGCUAACUCCAAAAAAUCCCAAUUUUUGCAGGUCGAACGAACCUUCAACUCAUUGCCCGAUUUAUCCGCCGAAAUGCCGCCGGUCGACGCAAAAUUGCCAAGUCUCCAAAAACUUUUUGAUCUCUGA